AUGGCUAAAUUUGGACCCAAGGUUAGAGAACUUCGGUUUCUCGUUGCGCAAACCGCUCCUUCGAGCUCUGGAAUUAGGGAUUUCAUUUCACGUCACUAUCUGUCUCUAAAAUCUGCAAAUCCUCAUGUGAAGUUUAUGAUUCGUGAAUCGGAAGGGAUUACACCAAAAGUGUUUGCUCGUUACGAAAUGGGAAAGGAAGAUUGUAUUUCAGUGGCAAAUAACACUUCUGAAGAUAUCAUUUCAAAACUGAAGACUCUAGAUCGACCAUAA